AUGUCGGGCGGCGUAGACUCCUCGGUGACUGCAAAAUUGUUAGCAGACCAGAACUACGACUUAUCCGCGGUGUUUAUGCGGAACUGGGAUACGCGCGACGAGUCUGGCACGGACAAGGGAUGCGAGUGGGAGAAGGACUGGGAGGACGUGCAGCGCGUCUGUAAAAUGCUCGAUUUGCCCUGUACAAUGGUCGAUCUCACCCGUGAAUACUGGACCCGCGUCUUCGAGCCGUCUCUCCAACUCUGGGAGUCCGGCUUAACACCCAACCCCGACGUCUGGUGCAACAGAGAAGUCAAAUUCGGCGCCCUCCUCGACCGCCUCACGCCCUCGACUCGAUGGCUCGCCACUGGGCACUACGCGCGCAAAGAGUGGACCCAAUCAUUCACGCCCGCCUCCAGCUCCUCGUCAGACCUCUACGAAAUGCGCAUCCGGCCGCAACUGCUGAAAGCCACGGACCGCCACAAAGACCAGACGUACUACCUCUCUUCGAUCAAGGAGGACAGUCUGCGGAAGGCGCUGUUUCCCCUGGGCGACCUGACGAAGCCCGAGGUGCGCGCGAUGGCGAAGCGGUUUGGCCUGCCCACCGCAGAGAGGGCGGAGAGCAUGGGCAUCUGCUUCGUCGGCGAGAAGCGCAAGUUCAGCGAGUUCGUGUCACAAUACGUGCCGCCGAAGCCGGGGGACAUCGUUGACCUCGAGACGGGUAAAGUCGUGGGGCAGCACCAGGGCCUGUGGACCUAUACAAUUGGUCAAGGCGCGAAGAUCCGCGGACUCCCUGAAAAGGCGUUCGUAGCGAAGAAGGAUCCCAAGAGUAACGUCGUAUACGUCGUCCCAGGCAGUGACCACCCGGCACUGUACAGCGACGUGAUGACCGUCAAAGACUUCGAAUGGAUAUGGCCCGACUCGCCACCACUGGCGGUAUUCGAGCCAGACGGUUUCCGCGCACGCGUGAAAUAUCGGUACGUCAUGGAGGACGUCCCCGCCACCAUCUGCAGGACCGACGAGAGUAAGAUGAGGGUCACGUUCGACCAGCCGCAGAAAGCCGUCACCCCUGGGCAGAUCGCUGCUGUGUAUCAUGGGGACUGGUGCCUUGGAUGCGGGUUGAUCGAGGAGGCUUCUCAGCGGUGA